AUGUCGGCCUUUCGCUUCUUUGCUCAAGGGACCAGCAGUAUGCGCACUGCGAUAUCUAACGGCAAGGGUGGGAUUGAAAUUGUAGAUAAAGCACUUCCGGUGGCAGGGCCGGAUGAGCUUCUUGUCAAAGUGAAAGCCAUCGGGGUCAACAGAGCAGACCUGCUGCAGAGCCAGGGAAAGUAUCCCCCUCCUCCCGGUACUACAGAUAUCUUAGGCUUGGAAGCAUCGGGCUAUCUGGAAAAUGGUCAACUGGUCACUGCACUCCUGAAAGGUGGUGCAUUUGCGGAAUACGCUGUCGUUCCAAAGGGGGCUAUCCUUUCGUUUCCAGACGCAGUCGCUAACAACUUGUCGCCAGUACAACUCGCUGCUAUACCAGAGGCGUUUCUCGCUGCGUAUCACAUCCUCUUUCAGGUAGGCAACUUGUCAAAUGAUGAGACUGUCCUCAUCAACGCUGCCGCGAGCGGCGUAGGGACAAGCGCAAUCCAGCUAGCGAAAAUGGUACCUAACGUCUCGAUCAUAGCUGUCGCAGGGAGUCAAGAAAAGCUCGAUUUGUGCAGGGCGUUGGGGGCCACACACAGCAUCAAUUACAAACUACAGCAAAUAGCCGAUUCCGUUGAGUACGCCACUAAUGGUCAGGGCGUGGACUUAGUGCUGGACUGCGUUGGAGCAGAGCAAUUUAAGGAAAACGAACGAUCCUUGAAAACGGAUGGGCGUUGGGUUAUGUACGGCCUGCUUUCCGGCGCGAAGGGCCCCAACCUUGGUCUCGCAGGUAUUCUUUCCAAGCGAUUGACGAUAUCCGGGACAACGUUGCGAAGCCGCUCUGACGAAUACCGUGCCAACCUUGUGCAACAGUUCUCUUGCAAGUUUGCAGACUCGUUCGCACCUGGUGGUCCAUUAAAGCCCAUUAUUGACAAGAUAUUUGAAGGCCUAGCUUCCGUUCCAGACGCACUGCAGUACAUUAAAGAAAACAAGACAAUGGGAAAGGCCGUUGUAGAGCUCUAG